GGACUUGAUUGCAGCUUGACUGUCGUUAAAGAUUAGGAUAUCUCUGUUCGAUAUCUUAUGAUACCAGAGCCAGUUUGCCGUUCUUUUUAUGGCCGAUAUUUCGGCCUUGAUUGGAUUACAAUCAUUACCGAUUCUAAAAAUGAUCCUGAUUCCAAAUUCUGGAAUGAAAAUACCGUCCCUACUCAUUCUCCUCGUUUUGAGCCAUCUGUGAUCUUCCUUCAGUCCCGUAUUUUCCGAGAUGAUGAAACUAAAGUUUCUUUGGAGGAAGAGCUUGGGGACGCAGCCUUUGGGUAAAUAUUUACCGAUAGAUUUCCUAUCCUAUCGGUAAUACUAGCAUGUCCAUAUGGUCUGUAUGACCAUGCGUUUAUUGCAUUCAGUCUGAAUGCCGUCGUGAGUGCUAUUUUGCUGGCCAAUGUUGGGUUUCCAUGACAUAGAUACUGUCUAUAAAUAGUUCUUUAGGUUGUAAAACUAUACUUCCAAAGAAGCGAAAAAGAAGUAAUUGCGGAACUCAACCCUCGCAGUCUACUACAUUUUAUUGGGGAAUUUAGUCACAUUCUAUUCCUCUAUGUCCUAUACAUAUGUUCUUUUUGCCUUUCUUCUAGUGUUUUGUUUUUCUAUCUUUGAGUCUUCACACUUUUUUCUAAGUAGAGAUGAACCUUUUUAUAGGUUAGGUGUUUAGCUUGAAGACUGUUACUAGGUAACAGAAGUUUGUUAUUUUUUUGAAAUAAUAUUUCUGCAGCACUUUUAACUAUUAAAUAUUAAGGAUAAAGUUGAAAAGGAUUAAAAAUAUAUUAAAACAUCCUAUUAUACAAGUCCUCUUAUUAUGUCCUCACGUAAAAAUUCCUUAAAAAACAACUCGGAAUUAUUAACCAACUCGAAUACAGUCAAUACAAAUUCCAAUGCCAGUGCAGAUAGUAUAACGGAUAAGUCAAUAAAUUUAAAUGAAUUUUUGGAUUUUUUAAAUUUGUCAUGUCACGUUAAUGACAUGAUUUCCAACAAUAGUGAAGAACAUCAACGACAACAUAAGGAACAUUUUCAAACAACAAAAUCUUCUAAUAGUGCUACGGCUUCAACGACAGCUCGUACGAAAUCCUAUGGAACACAAAAUCCUAUAGAUUUUCAUAAAUUAUCACAAAAUCGUCUAGUAAAUGAUCUGUAUGGUUUUAAUCGUCAUGUACGUUUACCGGCUGAGGAAAUAGGUGAGAAUACUGUGGGCGCUGGGGUUGUUGAAGUUACACGUCCUUUACGACGUGCCUCUACCUUAACAACCACUUCAAAAGUAUCAAGUAAAAAUGUUGAAGGAGGUUUGCAUCCAAAAUUAAAUGAAAAAUUGGAUUAUGUUUUAAAUGAGGGCAUUUUGGAUGCAGUUUUACCUUUUAUUUGUCCAGUACCAUUGCCAGCCAAUUACACUAGUCGUUUGAAACCCAAACAACAAAAAGAAGCCAAGGAUAUUAAAAAUGCUACAGCCCAAUUAUCUGCCACGCCUGGUGAGGAAACAAAUGAUGCAGAAGCCGCUGUUAGUAAGGAUUCCGCCACUAAAAUAAAGGCCAAAACAAAUUUAACAGAAGUAAAGUCCUCAAUAGUUACUAAUGCCGCCAAAAAGGAUCCGGAAGUUGUUAUACAUGUUUGUGAUGAGGUGAAAAAUACUUCCAAGGAUUUCGUAUGUCCUCAGAGUUUGCUCGUCAGCAAGAUGGGUUAUUUUGCCGAUGUUACUGCCGGUCAAAAGCUCGAGGAUAUGGAUAUUUCGGUUCAUUGCGACAUACAAAUCUUCGAAUGGCUAAUGAAAUGGGUAAAAUCGGAAAAUGCUAAUAGCAACACGUCUAGUGUAGAUCCUAACAAUGAUAUGGCACCAAAUUUAAAUGUUAAUAAUGUGGUUCCCAUAUUAGUUUCAGCUAGUUUUUUACAGAUGGAACCCUUGCUUAUGGAUUGCUUAAGCUUUUGUCAUUCACGUUUGGGUGAAGUGGUAAGAGUUUCCACCAAUCUUUCCUGUUUAAAUGAUACCAUAAUCACUCGCAUGGCUGCCAUGUUCACCAAUGUUGAAUUGGAAAUGGUGUGUGAUAAAAAGGAUCGUUUAUUGCCACGUUUAUGGACUAAACUUAUCUUGAGUCUUUUCGAACCGGAAACGGAAGCCUUAAGGGGUCAUUACUACAGUUUAUCGGGUUUAUUUAAAUGUUCAAAAUGUCAAAAAUGUUUAACUAAUACCAUGAAGUCCUAUAUACAAUGUAUACCGGGUAAUGUACGUUUAAAUCGAUGGGGUCAAAUUGUUAGUCAUCAUGUGCGUGAACCUUCAUGGGAUUUGAAUUACUAUAUAACACAACUAUUUAAAGAGGUUAAAUCGUGGCGUUUGGUCUAUUGGAAACUAUGGGGUCAUGCCCAUUAUUUGUAUUGCUGUCUGUGUGAAAUGUACUUUCCGGUUUAUCAGAUGUCUUGGUGCCGUUAUCAUCCCGAAUCACCUAGUUUUCUGGGUCCUGUUGCCGAGGGUCGUACUACAGGUCCAGCUGGUCGUUAUGCUUGUUGUGGCCAGCAGGCUUUUCGUUAUGAAACCUUACCGGGUCCACAUGGUUGUCAGUUUCGUGAGCAUAGCGUUUUAGUGGAAACUGAUCGUGAACGUUCUAUAUUAUCUAUAGUACAGUUAGCUAUUGAGGGUAAAGCUUUAGGUGAUUGUCCUCCACAUCGCAUGCAAGAUAUAAUGGCUAGUGCAGAAAUUGAACCCAGAUGGAUGGGUAUAUCGUUGAUGCCUCAACGUUGUCGUCAGGGUUUGUUGCCGGUUUUGAAUCCAGAUGAAUCUACAUCACGUGUGGCCAGACGUGUAAGACCAGCUUCAUCGAAAUUCUUUGCCGAUUCCAGUACGGAAACAGAGAGUACAGAUACUUUGGAUAAUAUACGAAUUUCAAAAUUUGGCAUGGCUUCUUAUGAUAGUUUUUCUACCAGCAGUAGUGAUGGAUGUGAAUCAUCGGAUAGCAAAACAUUUGCACCAAAUAAAACUUAUCACAAAAAACAGAAUAGAAAAAGUAAACCCCUUGAAAAUCCUGGCCGUUAUUGGUCUGGUGAGCUAUCGGCACGCAGUAAUCAGGACCAUCAGAGAGAGUUUGAAGAAAAAGUAAUGAAACAAGUCAUGAUUAUGGUUCAAAAGAAAACUGGCUCAGAUUUAGGUGUUAGUCAGCAGAAUCGACCUUUAGGUGGUACUUAUGUUAAAUUAGAACAAGAAUGGAAGGAGCAGUUGAAACAACGCAUGUACGCUUUAGGUGGCAAUACGUCUGCAAGUGCUCAAAUGGGCAACAUUAAUAGCAACAAUAUAGCAUUGAAUAUUAAAGGUUCACGAAAGAAGGUCGAUAAUAGUGGCCAAUAAUUUGUGAUAGAAAUGUCACAACUGGGUAUUAGGUAUACUUUUACAAACAUUCAAAUUGCUUCUUUCAGAUUGUGUAUUAUGAAUCAACAUACAUAGGUACAUACAUAAACCAUACAAUUUUCACAUACUUUUUCUAUUCUUUACAAUCUUAACACAUUAAUUGCUUUUUGUAUUCAUUUUAUUUUUACUUUAAACUUAAUGAAAAUUUUUAUUUGUUCUUUGUUUCAUUACAAACUAAUUUUGUUUAUUUUAAAUAAUAAUUUUGUUUCAAUUAAAUUGCUAUUGUAAUUGAAGAAAACCAAGUUUCAAAAGGAGCAGGAUUUUUAAGGUUUUACCAAUAACUAAAAUAAACUAAAGAACUGAUUAAAUGCUUAAAUAAAAAGGAAAGGUUUUUAAGUUAAGUUUUAUUAAAUUAAAUACAAAAUAUGUUUCUUGAAGCCUUAUAUAAGCAAAAAAACAGUUCAACUGUCUUUAUAAUUCCAAGACUUUAACAAUAGUUUACCGAAAAUAAUUUUAAAACAAUUUUUGUUUAAAAAAUACAAAAUCUCACACAAAUUAAAACUGAGAAGAGGAAAAUGGAGGAUACACAUAAUAAAAGAAAAUUAUAAAAAAUAAAUAUUAAAAAACAAAAUACGAAAGAGGAAAGUUGUUAGAAAUUUAUGAGGCGCUCAAGUGCAGAUUGUUUUCGUUUUGAUGUUUCUUGUUGUGUUUAUUAAACUUUAAAGCGCAGCAAACCCUUUUAAUUGUGUUUUAUUAAAACUUAAAUAAUCCCCACGAAUUGCUACAAAUAUGGGGUGUUGGAAAACGAAGCUAACUAAAUAGACUUUCAGUGGCUUUUUCCAAAUCCCAGUUUUCUUUCGAUAGAACAGCACGUGCAUCAUGCUCAUCUAUGCCCAUAUCCUUCAAACGUUGUAUUUUGG